AUGACUUCGACUCCUACCACAGCUCGCGCGUCGUCUGACGACUGGGGUGGGCGCAAUCCGCUUCCGACACGAGUCAGUAAGGCCUGCGACAGGUGCCGCCGCAACAAGAGUCGAUGUGAUUCAUAUCGGCCUUGCUCGCUUUGUUGUCGGGCGAACGUCGAAUGCUCGUCUGGGGUGAGCGAGACCACAAAUCGUGCUCACAAACGCCGAGCCGAUAAAUCCCCACCCAGUGAAAUCAGUUCCGUGAGGCCUCGAGCGCGCAGUGGUACCGCACGUCAUUCCUCUGUGUUGCAAUCAGAGGAUCCCACUUUAGAUCACGAUAUCACUGUCCUGGAGACUGAAGCAAGCACUACUGUGAACAUAGACAGUAGACAACACUCUUUAGAUGAUGCUGGAGCUGAUUCGGCUAUGAGUAUUGCCCAGAAGAUAUGUUCGCUCAGUAACCUACCCGCAUUGAAAAGAACGACAUCUGCGAUCCCCGGAGGCGAUACGUUCUCUAAAUCCGCGCCAUCUCGCUAUGAUCGGGCUCAACGACGUCCAAUAACGUCAGUUCUCGGAUUUUCUCUCCCGCCUUCCGACAUGAUGCGUACACUUCUAGAGGAGUAUUUUGACGCCGUCCACUGGUUCUCUUUGGUCAUUUACGAGCCAAAGUUUCGCGCCAAGUUUGAAUCCCUUGCGGAUGGUCUCGCACAUCACUCGCAAAAGUCCUUUCUCCUCCUCCUGUCUACAAUACUCGGCAUUGCUGCGUGGUACAAAUCACAGAGAAGCGCAGUCAAUGAGACCAUCUCGAACACAGAAUGGCGAGACUGGGGACUUGCUUUGAUCAAAGGUGUUGAAGCGCAACUAAUAGACCUGAUGGACCAAAGUUCGAUUUCAUCCGUCCAGACGUGUGUUUUGCUUGGGUCGUAUUAUGUUUAUCAUGGUAGGCCCACCCUGUCUUUUGCGUUGUUGGGUGCGACUAUAAAGACAGCUCAGGCUCUUGCACUUCAUAGAGAGACUUUGCGAGGCGAGUCACAAAACAUCGAAGAACGAAAGCGUGUCUGGUGGACAGUGUACACGUGGGACCGAUUUGCGAGCGUAACCUACGGCAGGCCCCUUGGCAUAAACGACAAAGAUUGCAACGUAAGUCAUCCUUCUGACGUAUUUGAAUCGCCAUUCUUCACGAAAGAUCGCAUCCAAGGGUCUGAUGGUGUCAUUUGCUAUUCGACCUAUCAACGAGAGUUGAACAAGUUAUAUAUGAUUGCCUCGGCAGUAAUCGAAAUCAUCUUCGGGAUACGCGCCGUAGGAUGUGUCAAGCAAGUAACCCUUGCGCAUAUUGCAAAGGUCACCGAGAACCUCUGGGCUUGGCGGACUCGUUUACCGACUCAUUUAAGCCUCGAUCUUGAACGCGACUGCCGGCCGCAUCCUUCAGCAACUGAAAGAGUUCAUCACUUACAAGCACUGUCCCUACAACUCACAUUUGACAACUUGCUUAUCAUCAUACAUCGUCCAUUCUUAGCGCAGCAAGUCGAACAAUUGCUCCAAACCCAGCCAGAGGACGAACACUGCCCCGCACAGGAGGUACUGGCUAUUGCCGGAGACAUGGAGUCUCCUCGGUCAUGUGCAGAUCAGUCCAGCGGUCAUCCAAGCUCUUCCAUCUCAAGUACUGAGCAAUGGUGGAAUGCGGCGGUAAGGACUUCGAAAGUAACUCAAAUGCCACAACUCGCUCAACUAGCGACGGAAAGCCAUCUGGUCGCUUUUCUAGCCAUCAAUUUGUUCAAUUCUGCGAUAGUCAUGGUCGUCAUGGCACUCUCUAGCCCCCUUUCCAAUCGCGCGCUGGAAGUCAAACAAAUUGUCACACGCAUAUUUCGACUGCAAGAGAUCCUUGGAAAGCGCUCUAUGCUCCCAAAGCAAAACAACGCUGUUCUGAGGGACAUUAUACGCAUGUUACUCCAACGUGAAGCAGAAGCUAUGUUGGCUCCGGUACGACCCUCGAAAAGGCCAAGGGCCGAGAACGCUAUCGAAACUUCAUCGCCGUCGGACGUGGUGUCUAUUUCUGUCGAGGAUACUCUUCGUUUGCCACUUCAACUACCGUCCACUGGAGCCAGAAAUGAUCCAGGAGAUAUGCAGCAUAUGGAGGCUGACGAUGUCUUGCGCUUGAACGAAAGUUUAGCAUCAGUGCAAAGAGGUAAUGCCCGCCUGUUCAUUGACAGAUUGAGAACAUAUAUUCUGUGCAAAACAUCGUUAUGCUAAUACAUAACGCGUGUCUAGUGUUGCCAUCCGGGUUCGACAACCUUCAGUGCGACUCUUGGGCCGGUAGCGUGGAGUAUGAUCAAGUGCACAUCCAGUCGAAUGGUGUGUCUGACACAAGCCAUGAAUCAUGGGACCGUUCUGAGUUUCAUGAUUAUGGCAACAGCACCGCA